AUGCUUUCCGGAAAGAGAAGCCAUCGAAAAAGAGGUCAUGAGGCCGAAGAAUCAAGUACAUCCGUUUUAGCUAUGAAAGCGAGAAAAGUGGCCAAAACAAUUCAUGUUUUAACAAAAAAUGAAGUUGAUAUAGAUGAGUUUUAUAAUGUGGUGAUAAAGAUUAGUGAUUUUGAUAAUGACAUCUUGAAUAAUGUGUUUGAUUAUUUGGUUCAAAAUGAUAGCCACAAGCAUCAGAGGUAUUCUCGAGCUUAUAUUGACUUUAAGAACCCAGAAGACGUUUUAGAGUUUGCUGGUUUCUUUCAUGGACAUGUAUUUGUCAAUGAGAAAGGUUCUCAGUUCAAGGCCAUUGUUGAGUAUGCUCCUUAUCAACGUGUUCCUAAGCGAUGCACUAAAAAGGAUGAUCGUGAAGGGACCAUUUACAGAGAUCCUGAUUAUCUGGAGUUCCUCAAACUUAUUGCUAAACCUGCACAGAAUCUUCAUAGCUCUGAAAUUCAGUUAGAAAGAAAAGAAGCAGAGGAAUCUGAGGCUGCCAAAAAAGCUCCUAUUUCUACACCCUUGAUGGAAUUUGUUCGUCAGAAACGAGCUAAUAGGGGUGGAAGCAAGGGUUCUGCUGUUGUUAAGGAUAGGAAAAGAGCAGGGUCAGCAUCUCUGACCAAUUCUAGUUCGAAUAAUACCAAACGAGGCUCUGCUAAGAAAAAGGGAAAAAACAAGAAUGCUAAUAGGAAGGACAAGUCAGUUAUCAUUGUGGCUCGUAGGAAUGAAGAUCAACCUACUACUUCAAGUGGGAAAGAAUCAAAAGUUGAAUCCAUUUCUGGUGUUCAAGGUUCUCCUUCUAAAAUUUCUCUGGGUGCCGAGUCUGGAAAGAAAAAAAAACUGCUUCUCAAAGGAAAAACACGUGAAAUAUCUCUUGAAUCUGAGGGCAUGCUGCAGCAGUUGGGCCUCACAACUAAUGUUAGAAGUUCUGUUUUUACUGCUGCUAAACAGUAUCAGAGGCCUGAAGCUAGUGAAAGGCCAAACAAAAGUAUUCUACCUUCGACAACUGCCUGGCCCCCGAAGAAAUUUCAAAACCUGGAGGUGGAGAAUGACAAGCUACCAAUUCAGCCCAAGACCACAGAAAUGGGUUUGAAUGGUCAUGUCCCUUACAGCGAGCCACCAGCAUCUAUUUCUGACAAUGGUGUAAAAAGGAGUUCAGAUGAUAAGCUUGUGAAAAAGGAUCGACAUGGUUUGACCUCUCAUAUCGAGAAACGAGAAAAACCUAUAAGAAAUAAGGAUAGACCAGAUUGUAGAAUUUGGACUCCCCGUCCUGGCAAACAUGGCAAUGUGGAACAGUUGGCAUCCUCUGUAUUGCAAUCUGAAGUGCAUUCUGAUUUUGUUCGAGCUACACGUGGAGAAAUAAAAGAUGGUACUCAAUACAAGGACCUUAAUGGGGAAUCAACAGGCCCAACUAGUGGAAGCAAUAAUUCUUCUGCAGAGAAUGGCUCCAGUAGAAAUUUUAGUCGUCACAUGGUAGCCCAUGAAAGGAAGCAUGAUGGCUCCCCUAGUGCAACUGGGCGAAAAUUUUCCAGAAAAGGUCCUGCUGGCUACAAUGCCCAUGAGGAGUUGAAUUAUGUCUUUGGGUUUUGCUUUGCAGAAACAAGUAUGGGUUCAGAAGUCAUAAGAGUGGAAGAAUCAAGACAAAUGGCAGAUGUGGAUAGUACCAUAACCAAUGCCCUGAUGUACAAAGUUCCCAACACUUGUGCUUGUUCUGCUACGGCUACACAAGGUUCAGGGCUUAUCUGGGUCAAGUGCUUGUUUUCUUCUGCUGCAAAUGGAAUGAAUCUGGCUCUGGAUGCCAGAAAGAAUGCUGCAGGCUUAUUGUCAGAUGUUUUUGCUGGUUUCUACUGGCGAACAUAA